AAGAGGCGGGCUGCGACGUAACCCGGAAGCGGAAAUGCUGCUGUUCUGCCCGGCUUGCGGGAACGUGCUGGUGGCUGAAGAAGGCGCGAGAUGCCACCGCUUCGCCUGCACCACGUGUCCCUACGUGCGCAACGUCACGCGCAAGGUGAGCAGCCGGAAGUACCCGAAGCUGAAGGAGGUGGAUGACGUGCUGGGUGGCGCUGCGGCGUGGGAGAACGUGGACUCCACGGCAGAGCCGUGUCCCAAGUGUGAGCAUCCUCGUGCCUACUUCAUGCAGAUUCAGACCAGAUCAGCUGAUGAGCCCAUGACCACCUUCUAUAAGUGUUGUAAUACCCAGUGUGGCCACAGGUGGAGGGACUAAUUUUUGCUUCAGAUUUAAUUUCUUCAGUAUCGUUUUUGCUGUUUGUUUGAAAAUUUCCCGGCUUGGUUGUAUGAAAGAUGGUAACAUGGAAAUAAGUGUCCCUGGUUCCAGCUGUUGCAUGAUGUUAAAUUAACACUGGCUGCUGCUAGUGCAGGCUUUCACCAUAAUCUGAUGGUCCAGGGGCUGAAGGUUAUGUAUAUACUGCACAUUUUCCUGCUAGCAAACAUUGUUAGAACAAAGAACUGCCUCUGUUUAGAGAUUAUAUGCAAAAAUAUAUUUAUUCAGCAGUUCCCACUGCAAUGCUGCUCUUUUAUAGGGAUGCAUUAAGUUAUCGUUUAUUACUAACCUCAGCUGUGAUCUAAGAUUGCAGGUUAAAAUUGGCAGGAAUGGUCAGUAUCUAGAUGGGAAACAGACAAAUAAAAUGUUUACGUUGUACUAUUGCUUCAGCGGGUGAUGCUUCCCCUGGAUCAGUACUGAACUCACAGGACUGGGGCCCUGUUGUACUAUGCUCUGUACAGAAAGCUGACAAAGCCUGUCCCCUUGCCCUAGAUUGCUUAUGAAUGAAAGAAAAAAAAAAAAAAAAAAAAAAAAAGACAGGUGAAAGAUGAGGGAAAAGAGAUGCAGCAUACAAGGAGCAUGAUCAGAGUGAUGGAGAGGAAUUGUCAUUUUAGUUUUGUGUUUCAAUAUUUAACUCCUGUCCCUGGAUGGUAUGGGGCCAGUGUGUGAGUGGAGGUGGCUUCCAUCUCAUAAGGCCUAAAAUCAAGGUCCUGACUGCUGGACUCUAAGGAUAUCACAGUGCUUUUUUCAGGCUUAUUUUAAACAGAGGCCUUGUCUAUGUUCAAAGUUGCACUGGUUUAACUAACGGUGUGUUUAAAAAACCUUCAGCAACUAGUGAAACCAGUGCAAAUCCCUGUGUUGAUACACAGUAGGAUUUAAACCUAACUUAUAUUGAUGUAUUUUGAUUCCUUAGGGAGUUAAUAUAAGCCAGCUUUAAGUCAAAUUAAGAGUGUCCUUCUGUAGUUUUACUAAACUGGCUUUUCAACUUCUUUAAAGUUAAAUCAGUGCCAUUUCAAUAUAGACAGAUGUUCUCCUUUUAAUAUUUAUUCAGUGUCAAGUAACCAGGUGACUUUUCACUAGAAAGAACUGCAGUGUAAUGUAAUUUUUCCCAGUGCUGUGUUACUCUAAAAUUUAGAUGCCAAUUAAGUUAGCCUACGAUAGUGCUUUUAAAUUAACAAAAGGGUAACAGGGUUGUGGCCCGCCCUAAAGGAAUUGCCAGAGUGUUACCUGCAGAGGGCUCCCCAGAGCAAGCUAGUCUUGCUAACCCCUGAAAGGACACGGAUACAGCCUUCCGCUCAAGGAUGGGCACACAAGCAGAAAUUCUUUGAAAACAAAAUAAUUAUUUAUUUUACAGAAAUAGAAGUUACAGUGGGUUUAAUAAGGCAAAAAAAAA